AUGUCAGACGGUGAUGAUGAUUUCAUGUGCGAGGAGGACGAGGAUUAUGGACUGGAGUAUUCUGAAGAUUCUAAUUCUGAGCCAGAUGUAGACUUAGAGAAUCAAUACUACAAUAGCAAAGCUCUCAAAGAGGAUGACCCAAAAGCUGCCCUACAAAGCUUUCAGAAAGUAUUAGAUCUGGAAGGUGGAGAAAAGGGUGAAUGGGGCUUCAAAGCUUUGAAACAAAUGAUCAAAAUUAAUUUUAAACUGUCCAAUUAUAAAGAAAUGAUGGCGAGGUACAAACAGUUGUUAACUUACAUUAAAAGUGCAGUUACUAGAAAUCAUUCAGAAAAGUCAAUAAAUUCCAUAUUGGACUAUAUUAGUACAUCAAAGAAUAUGGAAUUACUGCAAGACUUUUAUGAAACCACAUUAGAUGCAUUAAAAGACGCAAAAAAUGAUAGGUUAUGGUUUAAAACAAAUACAAAGUUGGGGAAAUUAUAUUACGAUCGUUCUGACUUCAAUAAACUAGCAAAAAUAUUGAAACAGCUUCAUCAGAGCUGUCAAACUGAUGAUGGAGAAGAUGAUCUGAAGAAAGGGACACAGUUAUUGGAGAUUUAUGCCUUAGAAAUACAGAUGUAUACAGCACAAAAGAAUAAUAAAAAAUUGAAAACACUGUAUGAACAGAGUCUUCAUAUUAAAAGUGCUAUACCACAUCCCCUAAUAAUGGGCGUCAUCAGAGAAUGCGGGGGUAAGAUGCAUUUAAGAGAAGGCGAGUUUGAAAGGGCCCAUACUGACUUUUUCGAAGCCUUCAAAAAUUACGACGAAUCUGGAUCGCCGAGACGUACGACAUGUUUGAAGUACCUAGUUUUGGCUAAUAUGUUAAUGAAGUCUGGUAUUAAUCCGUUUGACUCGCAAGAGGCUAAACCGUACAAAAAUGAUCCUGAAAUUCUAGCAAUGACAAAUCUAGUUGUCAGUUAUCAGAAUAACGAUAUCAAUCAAUUUGAAUUAAUUCUAAAGCAAAAUAGGAACAAUAUUAUGGAUGAUCCCUUCAUCAGAGAGCACAUUGAAGAUUUAUUGCGGAAUAUUCGUACACAGGUUCUAAUCAAGUUAAUAAAACCAUACACUAGAAUUUACAUCCCCUUCAUAAGUAAGGAAUUGAAUAUCGACGUUUCGGAAGUGGAGAGUCUUUUAGUAUCUUGUAUUUUGGACAGCACUAUUCGUGGUCGUAUAGACCAGGUUAACCAAGUUCUCGAAUUGGAUAAAAAAUCGGUAUGCGCCGCUCGUUACAAUGCCCUCGAUAAAUGGACUAGCCAAUUGCAGUCCUUGCAUUUAGCCAUCGUGAACAAAAUGUCCUAAAACAAUGCGGUGCGCGUGAUCCUGAAUUAAACAUUAAUCAUACUUUGUAUAGUAUAUCAUAAAAACCUGUCUACGAAUAUGAUGAAAUAAAAAGAAAAAUCUAUUGUGAUAAAAUAAAUUUAAAAUUUUAGCACGAGA